CCCCGCCGGCCCUGCCGACGUGGCGGGGCGGGACCCGGCGGGCGCUCCCGCGCGCACUCGGCCGCCUGAGCGUUCUGUAAACAUCUGAGGGUCAGAACCCAAGCUCAGUGCUCGUUGGUCACAGUCCUGGAGGAGGAGGAAAUGACAGACAGAUCCGCCUUACAAAUGCCAUAGAAGUCCGUGCAGAGUGUCACACAGAGCAUGGAGUUCUGGAGGUCAGCCAUCCAAAACCAGCUUCACCAAGCUAAAGUCAAGGUGUUGGUAUGAAAAUGUCUGACGACACCAAUGACACCUCAGCCACUGGAGACAAAGCAGAAAUUGCCAAGAUGCCUGAAGAGAGUGAAUUUUCACCCAAAGACACAGAAGCACCCUGUGAUUCAGCUGUGAUUUCAAACGAGCCGACAACAGCUGAUUCCAGAGGCGAUGGGCAUGAAAAUGCCACUGUCGAGGGUGCAGAGACCACUGACUCUGGGCACCCUGAGUGGCCUCAACACAGCAGUGUCAUGGAGCCCCCCCUCAAUGGAGAAGUGACUGAUGACACGCUUGUUGAAUGCACUGACCCUGUCAGCCUCGAGGCAGAGCUUGGAUCAGAAAUACCUCUGAAAGAACAGAUUAAUCCGGCUGUGGAUUCACCUUCCCAUGGAGGAGGAUGGGCAGGCUGGGGCUCCUGGGGCAAAUCUCUGCUCUCAUCAGCAUCUGCUACAGUAGGUCAUGGAUUGACAGCAGUCAAGGAAAAGGCAGGGGCCACCCUGCGGAUUCAUAGUGUAAAUUCCAGCUCUCCGGAAGGGGCCCAAGCUGGUGCUGAAAAUGGAGUCCCUCAGAGUGUGGCCACAGAUCAGAGCCCUGCCGAAAGCCCACCCACUUCGCCUGCAUCCGGGUCUCGGGGCAUGCUGUCAGCCAUCACCCAUGUAGUUCAAAACACAGGUAAAAGUGUCUUAACGGGCGGUCUCGAUGCUUUGGAAUUCAUCGGUAAGAAAACCAUGAAUGUCCUCGCGGAGAGUGACCCAGGCUUUAAGCGGACCAAGACGCUCAUGGAGAGAACCGUUUCCUUAUCGCAGAUGUUAAGGGAAGCCAAGGAGAAAGAGAAGGAGAGACUGGCCCAGCAACUGACAGCCGAGAGGACUGCCCACUAUGGGAUGCUGUUUGAUGAGUAUCAAGGUUUGUCACACCUGGAAGCUCUGGAAAUUCUAUCCAACGAAAGUGAAAGCAAGGUUCAGUCAUUUUUAGCAUCCCUCGAUGGAGAGAAGCUGGAACUCUUUAAAAACGACCUGAUUUCCAUUAAAGACAUCUUUGCAGCCAAAGAAUUAGAGAAUGAAGAGAGUCAAGAAGAACAAGCCUCAGAGGAAAAGGGAGAAGAGUUUGCUAGCACGCUCACAGAACUUCUCUUUGAAUUACACGUCGCGGCCACGCCUGACAAGCUCAAUAAGGCCAUGAAGAAAGCUCAUGACUGGGUAGAAGAAGAUGAGGCUACGGUGUCCAUAAAUAUGGCGGAACAGUCAGAGGAGAACACUGGAGAGGAAGAGACGGAAGAGAAACCAGAAAAUCCUGAAGAAGACAAAAAGGAAGAAAGGAGAACUAAGACAGUUGAGGAAGUGUAUAUGCUGUCCAUCGAAAGUCUAGCAGAAGUAACAGCACGCUGUAUCGAGCAGCUUCAUAAAGUAGCAGAAUUAAUUCUUCAUGGGCAAGAAGAGGAAAAACCAGCUCAGGACCAAGCAAGAGUUCUGAAAAAAUUAACUACUGCGAUGUGUAAAGAAGUGGCCUCCUUAUCAAAGAAGUUUAUGAAUUUUUUAACCACUGUUGGGAGCGACAAGAAGGCCGAGGUCCUUAACCCCAUGAUCAAUAGCGUCUUGUUAGAGGGCUGCAACAGCACCACGUACAUCCAGGACGCCCUCCAGCUGCUGCUGCCUGUACUGCAGGUCUCACACCUCCAGACCGCUGGCUCAGAAGCACAUCCGGGACCUGGCCAGACUCCAUCCAGUUAAAGAGGUGGGCAGCCCACAUGGCUUCGAGAUGUACCAGAUGUUUUCUCCACAUCUGGCCCCAGACACCCCUUGGAGGACUCCACGAGCAAUUUUGCACGGACAGUAUGGAGAAUGCAAGUUGAAAGAAAGCAUCCUGUCUCUUACUGUAUAUGGUGGUUUUACAAAUAAUUGUUUUCUUUACAUUAAUUUAAAUUUACAUGGCUUUAUAUUGAUACCUGCCCUUCAUUUGAAGUUCAUUCACCAGUAUUAAUUUCCGUUUUCCUGGUCAAGCAUGUUAUAUUGAGAAAUUCACAGGCAGAUCUUAGACUUUUUUUUUUUAAUCCUUUAAUUUCCCACCUUUAACUUCCCGUUCUUUAUAGUAUUACUUUAAAUCAGUUCUUAUACUGAACUUAGUUUUGUUAUAUAAAUAUCAUAGGUAAAGAUAACACUAUUUACAGAUAUUACCUAUUAUGGUAAAAGAGAAACAAGUAUCUCUUUAUAGUAACUCAUUCUGAAAACAAGCUUUCAUUGAGCUCUACUGUGUGCUCACAAUAGGAACAUGAUCUCAACCCAGUAAAGACAGACAUUCUGAACAAUCUGUACACCCAACAUGGGGCUCAAACUCACAACCCUGAGAUCAAGAGUUACAUGCUCUACCAACUGAGCCAGCUAGAUGCCCUCAGAAGAUACUCUAAAAGAAGGUUUAUAAUAAUUCUUAAAAUGCUUAAAAAUACUAACAGAUUUUCUAAACCUUAAAAAAUGUGAAGAGUGAGGUAAUUUUUUUUAAUGUUCUGCCCUUCAGUGUAUUAUUGUAUUUUUCCAUACUCCUUGUACUUUUUGACCCCAAACUGGAUGUAUGGAGUGAAAAUAUUUGGGGGCACCUGGGUGGCUCAGUGGGUUAAGCUUCUGCCUUCGGCUCAGGUCAUGAUCUCAGGGUCCUGGGAUCUAGUCCCAUAUCGGGCUCUCUGCUCAACAGGGAGCCUGCUUCCCCCUCUCUGUGCCUGCCUCUCUGCCUACUUGUGAUCUCUUUCUGUCAGAUAAAUAAAUAAAAUCUGUAAAAAAAAAAAAAGAAAGAAAGAAAAUAUAUAUAAAAGGGGGUGCUAGAGCAUAUUCAGUUUAAACUUGACUCAUUAUGACUAAGUACAUGAUGGGGUAAUUACAAAGCUUGGAAACAUUCAAAUAGAAAAUUAGAGGGAUCUCAACACAGCAGACCCCCAAACUGUAUCUUUCAAUCUGAAGCAAGAUAGUCUGUAAAUACACAGACCACACUCAGCAAUGGUCAAUACCAUCAUGGUUUCUAAAGGGCAGAAAAUACUGAUAUGCGGGUUGACUGACUGGUGUACUGAUCCACGAGACCCCGCAGCCAAGAGAGACACUGUCAGUGGGUGCUUCUCCUGAGCUCGCCAAGUUCAUUCCUUCCUUCCAGGUGGGGGUUCAUAUAUGGCUCCCAUUUCAGAUCCCCAUCAGCAUCCCUACAGUCCUCAUCACAAGAUGGCACCCCCCCAUGGCUCUUUCCAAGCAAAGGAAGCUUGCACUUUCACAAGGGUAAAAAUCCUUCAUUGAUAUUUGCUUUUAUCCCCCUCAUGGAGUAGACUGCUUUGUCCCAUACAGGCAAAGUGGGACUAUUUUAAUAUUAUCCUAUGUCUUGUUAGUCUCUGAUUCAUUUGCAUCCUGUAUUUCAUUUGUGUAUCUCCUAAAACAGCCAAAGAGAAAACAUAAGAACAAUGAUUUACAAUUCAGAAAGGAACUCUCUGAGGAAUCCAUUAAAGUUGCUUUUUGUUGUUGUUGUUCCUUCCUGCUUCUCGAUUGCCUGAAAUGUUUCUGACAUUAAGUCUAAGGAAAAUUAACUGAUGAAAAUGUUACAUUUACCUCUUCAUAAAUUCUGGACAUACUAUGUCUAGAGCAGAGGAAAGGACUUAGAUUUACAAUUUCUUCACAUCAGAUUUUUUAGCGUCAGAUGGAUUUAUAGAUAUUGACUGGAAAUGUAAUAGGAACGAGUAGUUUCAAAGGAGCUGGAUUCCCAGAAAUAGACUUUAAGCCCAACGGCACCCAUUUAGUUUAUAGCAACAUUUUUAAUCCUAAAAUGAAAUAGUAAUCCCUAGAAGAAUAAGAGGUAAUUAUCCUUUAAAAAUGUAGUUGACAUUAUUUACAUUGCAUUUACAUAUGUUUUAAUGAUAGACUAUGAAAGAUGGCCAGGUAGAAACGUUGGCUGAGAGAUGAUUCCUGGGGCCUCGCUCAGUGGCCUGUGGAUUACAUUAUUUAAGAGAGAAUAAUCACUUAAAAUACAUCCACCCUCCAGGAUUGCUCUCUUUCAAAGCCGGUUUUCAUGUUCCCUUUUAAAUAAUUGCUUCUUUGCUUUGCUUUAAAACCUAGCAGAGCCCACGAUCCCGAUAUGGGCAAAUGUCAAUCACUUACUGAAUGAAUGAUUUAGCAGCCUUACUUUAGAAGUUUUGUGUUCCUUCAAUAAUCCUUUACAUAAAUUGGGUUCAUUCUACUCUAUGCAAUUACCCUGAACAAGUGUACCAGCUUUUUUUCUUACAUCAAGUGCAAAAUAAGUUCUAGUCUAAAUAAUGGAUACGGUCCUGUGUCUGUGCCUUAUUAAAUAAAAAAACAUCAAAAGCGUAUUUCCAAUUCAAAGCAAAAUGCGUCCCAGAAAAAUUGCUUUGGGGCAUUGAUACAUAAGCUCUAAAAGGUAAAAUGGAGUCCCAAAUCUUAAAGCAGAGGCCUACGCUUAAAUAGUCUAUCCCACUGAGAACAGAAUUCUGUCUUCUCUCCUGGUCUCACACUGGGCUGCACGUCAAGGUCAUGAUUAAACGAGUAGCAGGACCAGGUGACAGGAGCCUUGGCAACGCCAGUUAAGGAACCAUGGACCCCAGCAGCAGAGCUCAAAGGGGAUGAAGAAGCAUCAGCUUUGGGUGGGCUGAAGAAAAGGGCUAAGAUUAGGGUAGAAGAUGGAAUGCAGAAAUGAGAGCGUUUUCUGUGCUUUGCAGAAGUCAGCUGACCCAGGAGCUCACCCAUGGGGAAGUCAGCCUUCACAUGCUGGCCAAGCUGCACUUAAGUUAGAAACCAAAGUGGGCAGAUUUCAAUCAAAGCCAUCCCAGAGGUCUUGGAAUUAUGUCUUAGGGAAGUAAUUUAGCAAAAAUGUAAAAUAAAUAUACUUCUCUUCUUUCCUAAAAUAUAUAUAUAUAAUAUAUAUAGAGGGAGAUGAUAGAUGGAUAGAUAGAUGAUAGAUAGACAGAUGGAUAGACAGAUAGAUGAUAAAGUAUGCUGAACAGAUGGACUGGAUCAUAAUACAUGAUUUCAAUUCACGUUUCAUUUUACAAGAGCGAUUUUUCUUUAGCAUCAAGCUAAUCUUUGUAAUGUGAAAAGUGCCCUUUGAUCUUCCUCUUAAGCAUGCCCUACAUUCUGAUAACUCAGAUCCAGGCUUCAAUUUGGUUUCUUAAAUGACUGUGUUUGUGAAGGCACAUCAGAAGAGAUCAUACUGAAAAUCUGUUUCACAACUGCCAUUUUGCCUUGUUUUUCUGGUUGAUUAGAAUUCAAAAAGCCAUAGGAGUGGAUCCAGACCAGCCACCCUUCAUUCAAAUGAAAAGAAGAAAAAAAAAAUCACUUGGUUCACCAUUUGUUUUGUUCUUCUAGAUAUCUCAUAACUCAUUCAGGUCUGUGCUCAUUUUCUGUAUGUUCACCCAUCAUCGAUCCUAUGGAGCCAUAUCUGCUAUUAAACAAAUCUAGGAAAAGA